ACUUCUAGAUGUGGGCAAUAUUAAUAGCAGUAGUCGUUAUAAUCAUCAUUAUCAUUAUUGUGUGGAACGUGGCAUGAAGUUUGGACAUUGGUUUGGAUGCCAGCUGAAGCCUACAGUACCUGAAAUGAAUAAGAGCUUCAGUUCUGAUCACAACCCUGCUGUAUUCAAGAUUUUUUUUUUAUUAUUAUUAUUAUUCUUGUAUAACUAAAGAAAAGUAAUUAUAAGUUUCUAGUUCAUAUUUGUAUGUUUAGAGUUCAAGUGCCUUUGUGAAUACAACUCCAAUUUUUAAAUGCUAGUAAGCACAGCCAGCACUUUGUACCGCACUGUCUUAAGAGAGAUUGAAUAACCACAUUUUCUCAAGUUGAGCUGUUAUCUGAUUUUGUGCAUUAUUUCUAUGACUACAUUUUUAAAGUGCAACCGAAGAGUCUAGUAAUUAAGAACAUUAUGUGAUUACUGUACUUGGAUUACAAAUUGUAAAACAAAAGCAACAACCUGGUGAAAAAGAAUGCUGCAAAAUGUGUCAACUAAUUCAAUAGAUCAAACUUAAAAGAAAUGAAUUACAGUUCAGAUGCAAACGUAGCUGUUUAUAAUAUGUGCAGAAAAUUAAAAAUUCAAAGAUAACCGACCACUACUGUGACUAAUUCUAGGCAAAUUGCUGUAGUUUAAAUCUGUAUAUAGCUUGUAACGCAAAUAGAAUAUUCCACUUUCUGCAACGGACAUGAAACCCAAAAUUUUCAUGAUUCUGAGAGAGCAUACAAUUUAAAAAAAUAUAUAUAUUUCUCUUGUAAGGUGUAUCCAGUCCACGGAUCAUCCAUUACUUGUGGGAUAUUCUCAUUCUCAACAGGAAGUUGCAAGAGGACACCCACAGCAGAGCUGUAAUAUAGCUCCUCCCCUAACUGUCAUAGCCAGUCAUUCUCUUGCAACUCUCAACAAGCUAGGACGUUGUAGGAGAGAGUGGUUAAAUAUAGCUAGUUUAUUUUCUUCAAUCAAAAGUUUGUUAUUUUUAAAUAGUACCGGAGUUGUGCUAUUUUAUCUCAGGCAGUAAAUAGAAGAAGAAUCUGCCUGAGGUUUCUAUGAUCUUAGCAGGUUGUAACUAAGAUCCAUUGCUAUUCUCACAUAUGUCUGAGGGGAUUACACAUAUGAGGUAACUUCAGCGAGAGAAUGGCGUGCAGUUUAUUCUGCUAUCAGGUAUGUGCAGUUAUAAUUUUUUCUAGAGAUGGAAAACACUAGAAAAUGCUGCUGAUACCGGAUUAAUGUAAGUUAAGCCUGAAUACAGUGAUUUAAUAACGACUGGUAUCAUGCUUACUCCCAGGGGUAAUACCCUUAUGAUAUUUACAAUAUAAAAUGUUUGCUGGCAUGUUUAAUCAUUUUUAUAUAUGCUUUGGUGAUAAAACUUUAUUGGGGCCUAGUUUUUUCCACAUGGCUGGCUUAAAUUUUGACUAGAAACAAUUUCCACUGUUGUAGUAUAAAAGUUACAGUUGGUGCAGUUAAAAUUACAAACUGUGACAUCCAGCUUCCCUCAAAGGCCCUCUCUAAAGGGCCCAAAGGCUUUCCAAAGUCGUUUAUUGGGGAAGGUAGGGCCACAGCUUGCUGUGGCAGUUGGUUGUGACUGUUAAAAAAACGUCUAUUUCGUUUUUUUGAUCCGUGUUUUUUUUAACUAAGGGGUUAAUCAUCCAUUUGCAAGUGGGUGCAAUGCUCUGUUAGCCUAUUAUACACACUGUAAAAAUUUUGUUUGAUUUACUGCAUUUUUUCACUGUUUUUCAAAUUCUGACAAUUUGUUUCUCUUAAAGGCACAGUACCGUUUUUUAUAUUUGCUUGUUAACUUGAUUUAAAGUGUUUUCCAAGCUUGCUAGUCUCAUUGCUAUUCUGUAUAAACAUGUCUGACAUAGAAGAAACUCCUUGUUUAUUAUGUUUAAAAGCCAUGGUGGAACCCCCUCUUAGAAUGUGUACCAAAUGUACUGAUUUCAUUUUAUGCAAUAAAGAUCAUUUUCUGUCUUUAAAAAAAUGUAUUAUCAGAGGAAUCUGACGAGAGGGAAGUUAUGCCGACUAACUUUCCCCACGUGUCAGACCCUUUGACUCCCGCUUAAGGGACUCACGCUCAAAUGGCGCCAAGUACAUCUAGGGCGCCCAUAGCGUUUACUUUACAAGACAUGGCGGCAGUCAUGGAUAAUACACUGUCAGCGGUAUUAGCCAGACUACCUGAACUUAGAGGUAAGCGAGAUAGCUCUGGGGUGAGACAAAAUGCAGAGCAUACUGACGCUUUAAGAACCAUGGCUGAUACUGCCUCACAAUAUGCAGAAGCUGAGGAAAGAGAGCUUCAGUCAGUGGGUGAUGUUAAUGACUCAGGAAAGAUACCUGAUUCUAAUAUUUCUACAUUUAAAUUUAAGCUUGAACACCUCUGCGUGUUGCUUAGGGAGGUUUUAGCUGCUCUGAAUGACUGUGAUACCAUUGCAGUGCCAGAGAAAUUGUGUUGACUGGAUAAAUACUUUGCAGUGCCGGUGUGUACUGAUGUCUUUCUAAAUACCUAAAAGGAUUACAGAAAUUAUUAAGGAAUGGGAUAGACCAGGUGUGCCGUUCUCUUCCCCUCCUAUUUUUAGAAAAAUGUUUCCAAUAGACGCCACCACAUGGGACUUAUGGCAGACAGUCCCUAAGGUGGAGGGAGCAGUUUCUACUCUAGUAAAGCGUACUACUAUCCCUGUCGAGGACAGUUGUGUGUUUUGUUUUUUUUUUUGUUUGUUUUUUUAGAUCCAAUGGAUAAAAAAUUAGAGGUUACCUUAAGAAAAUAUUUAUUCAACAAGGUUUUAUCCUACAGCCCCUUGCAUGCAUUGCCCCUGUCACUGCUGCUGCGGCGUACUGGUUUGAGUCUCUGGAAGAGGCUUUACAGGUAGCGACUCCAUUGGAUGACAUACUUGGCAAACUUAGAGCACUGAAGCUAGCCAAUUCUUUUAUUCUGAUGCCAUUGUUCAUUUGACUAAACUAACGGCUAAGAAUUCUGGUUUUGCUAUACAGGCGCGCAGAGCGCUAUGGCUUAGAUCAUGGUCAGCUGACGUGACUUCAAAAUCUAAGCUACUUAACAAUCCCUUCAAGGGGCAGACCCUAUUCGGGCCUGGUUGAAGGAGAUUAUUGCUGAUAUCACUGGAGGAAAAGGUCAUGCCCUUCCUCAGGACAGGUCCAAAUCUAGGGCCAAACAGUCUAAUUUUCGUGCCUUUCAAAACUUCAAGGCAGGUGCGGCAUCAACUUCCUCUAAUAAUAAACAAGAGAGAACUUUUGCUCAAUCCAAGACGGUCUGGAGACCAAACCUGACAUGGAAAAAAGGUAAGCAGGUAAAAAAGCCUGCUGCUGCCUCUAAGACAGCAUGAAGGAACGGCCCCCUAUCCGGGAACAGAUCUAGUAGGGGGCAGACUUUCACUCUUUGUCCAGGCGUGGGCAAGAGAUGUUCAGGAUCCCUGGGCGUUGGAAAUUUUAUCCCAGGGAUAUCUUCUGGACUUCAAAGCUUCCCCCCCCCAAAAGGGAGAUUUCACCUUUCACAAUUAUCUGCACACCAGAUAAAGAGAGAGGCAUUCUUACACUGUGUACGAGUCCUCCUAGUUAUGGGAGUGAUCCAUCCAGUUCCAAAGGAGGGACAGGGUUUUUACUCAAAUCUGUUUGUGGUUCCCAAAAAAGAGGGAACCUUCAGACCAAUUUUGGAUCUAAAGAUCUUAAACAAAUUCCUCAAAGUUCCGUCGUUCAAGAUGGAAACUAUUCGUACCAUCCUACCACCGAUCCAGGAGGGUCAAUAUAUGACUACAGUGGAUCUAAAGGAUGCUUAUCUUCACAUUCCGAUACACAAAGAUCGUCAUCGGUUUCUCGGGUUUGCCUUUUAAGACAGGCAUUACCAGUUGUAGCUCUUCCCUUGGGAUUAGCUACAGCCCCAAGAAUCUUUACAAAGGUUCUAGGGUCACUUAUGGCGGUCCUAAGGCCGCGGGGCAUAGCAGUAGCCCCUUAUUUAGACGACAUCCUGAUACAGGCGUCAAACUUCCAAAUUGCCAAGUGUCAUACGGACGUAGUACUGUCAUUUCUGUGGUUGCAUGGGUGGAAAGUGAACGAGGAAAAGAGUUCUCUAUCCCCACUCACAAGAGUUUCCUUUCUAGGGACUCUGAUAGAUUCUGUAGAAAUGAAAAUUCACCUGACUGAGUCCAGGUUAUCAAAGCUUCUAAAUUCCUGCCGGGUUCUUCAUUCCAUUCCGCGCCCUUCGGUGGUUCAGUGUAUGGAAGUAAUUGUCUUAAUGGUAGCGGCAAUGGACAUAGUGCCGUUUGCACGCUUACAUCUCAGACCGCUGCAACUAUGCAUGCUCAGUCAGUAGAGCGGGGAUUACACCGAUUUGUCCCCUCAACUGAAUCUGGACCAAGAGACCAGGGAUUCUCUCUCUUCUCUCGUGGCUAUCUCGGGUCCAUCUGUCCAAAGGUAUGACCUUUCGCAGGCCAGAUUGGACAAUUGUUACGACAGAUGCCAGCCUUCUAGGUUGGGGUGCAGUCUGGAACUCCCUGAAGGCUCAGGGAUCGUGGACUCAGGAGGAGUCUCUCCUUCCAUUAAAUAUUCUGGAACUAAGAGCGAUAUUUAAGGCUCUUCAGGCUUGGCCUCAGUUAGCAACUCUGAGGUACAUCAGAUUUCAGUCGGACAACAUCACGACUGUAGCUUACAUCAACCAUCAAGGGGGAACGAGAAGUUCCCUAGAGAUGUUAGAAGUUUCAAAAAUAAUUCGCUGGGCAGAGAUUCACUCUUGUCACCUAUCAGCUAUCCAUAUCCCAGGUGUAGAGCACUGGGAGGCGGAUUUUCUAAGUCGUCAGACUUUUCAUCCGGGAGAGUGGGAACUCCAUCCGGAGGCAUUUGCACAACUGAUUCAUCGUUGGGGCAAACCAGAACUGGAUCUCAUGGCGUCUCGCCAGAACGCCAAGCUUCCGUGUUACGGAUCCAGGUCCAGGGAUCCCAAGGCGAGACUGAUAGAUGCCCUAGCAGUGCCCUGGUCUUUCAACCUGGCUUCUGUUUUUCCACCGUUUCCUCUGCUCCCUCGACUGAUUGCCAAGAUCAAGCAGGAGAGAGCAUCGGUGAUUCUGAUAGCACCUGCGUGGCCACGCAGGACCUGGUAUGCAGAUCUAGUGGACAUGUCAUCCUUUCCACCAUGGUCUCUGCCUCUGAAACAGGACCUUCUACUUCAGGGUCCUUUCAACCAUCCAAAUCUAAUUUCUCUGAGGCUGACUGCCUGGAGAUUGAACGCUUGAUUUUAUCAAAGCGUGGCUUCUCCGAGUCAGUUAUUGAUACCUUAAUACAGGCACGAAAGCCUGUCACCAGGAAAAUUUACCAUAAGGUAUGGCGUAGAUAUCUUUAUUGGUGUGAAUCCAAGGGUUACUCAUGGAGUAAGGUCAGGAUUGCUAGAAUAUUAUCUUUUCUCCAAGAAGGUUUGGAAAAAGAAUUGUCAGCUAGUUAAGCGUCUGGCAGAUGUUCCAGACGUUCAGGCAUUUUGUCAGGCUUUAGUUAGAAUCAAGCCUGUGUUUAAACCUGUUGCUCCACCAUGGAGCUUAAACUUGGUUCUUAAGGUUCUUCAAGGAGUUCCGUUUGAACCUCUUCAUUCCAUAGAUAUCAAGCUUUUAUCUUGGAAAGUUCUUUUUUUUUGGUAGCUAUUUCCUCGGCUCGUAGAGUCUCUGAGCUAUCUGCCUUACAAUGUGAUUCUCCUUAUCUGAUUUUUCAUACGGAUAAGGUAGUCCUGGGUUCUUACCUAAGGUGGUAUCUAACAAGAAUAUCAAUCGAGAUUGUUGUUCCAUCCUUGUGUUACACAAUUUGGACGUGGUCCGUGCUUUAAAGUUUUACUUACAAGCUACUAAAGAUUUUCGUCAAACAUCUGCUUUGUUUGUCUACUCUGGACAGAGGAGAGGUCAAAAGGCUUCGGCAACCUUUUUCUUUUUGACUAAGAAGCUUAAUCCGCUUAGCCUAUGAGACUGCUGGACAGCAACCUCCUGAAAGGAUUACAGCUCAUUCCACUAGAGCUGUGGCUUCCACUUGGGCCUUUAAAAAUGAGGCUUCUUUUGAUCAGAUUUGCAAGGCGACGACUUGGUCUUCGCUUCAUAUUUUUUCAAAAUUUUACAAAUUUGAUACUUUUGCUUCUUCGGAGGCUAUAUUUGGGAGAGAGGUUUUACGGGCAGUGGUUCCUUCCAUUUAAGUUACUGCCUUGUCCCUCCCUUAAUCCGUGUACUUUAGCUUUGGUAUUGGUAUCCCACAAGUAAUGGAUGAUCCGUGGACUGGUUACACCUUACAAGAGAAAACACAAUUUAUGCUUACCUGAUAAAUUUAUUUCUCUUGUGGUGUAUCCAGUCCACGGCCCGCCCUGUCAUUUUAAGGCAGGUAAUUUUUAAAUUUAAACUACAGUAACCACUGCACCCUAUGGUUCCUCCUUUCUCGGCUAGUUUCGGUCGAAUGACUGGAUAUGGCAGUUAGGGGAGGAGCUAUAUUACAGCUCUGCUGUGGGUGUCCUCUUGCAACUUCCUGUUGGGAAUGAGAAUAUCCCACAAGUAAUGGAUGAUCCGUGGACUGGAUACACCACAAGAGAAAUAAAUUUAUCAGGUAAGCAUAAAUUGUGUUAUAAAUACAUUUUUGUUAUGGUAUUCUUUGGUUAAGAGAUACCUAGGUAGGUAGUAUGCAUGUCUGGAGCAUUAUAUGGCAGGAAAAGGUGCUUCCAUCUACUGCUCUUACAAAUGUUUAAUCUUAAACAUAUAGUGCUGCAGACACGUGCACGCUCCUGAAUUUACCUUCCUGCUUUUCAACAAAAGAUGCAGAGAGGAUGAAGAAAAUGUGAUAAUAGAAGUAAAUUAGAAAUUGGUUUAAAGUCUAUGCUCUGUCUGAAUCACGAUAGAAACAUUUGGGGUUUUACAGGGUUCUUUUUUUAUAUUUCUUUUUGCAUGAAUAUUGAGGAAGUGUGUUGUGUAACAUGUCUCCAAGCUUCCUUUUGCCAGCAUUAAAAUGUUACUGUUAGCUACUUAAAGUGACAAAAUGUUAAUAAAUUGCCGUGUAUCAUUAGAUGAAUUUACUUUUUUACUAUUCCCCCUGCCCUGUUUGUUAAGCAGCAGAUAAAUGUUAAAGUAGUGCCUUUACUGCUGUCCCGCAAAAGGAAAUGUGUGGCGUAGCUUAAAUGCUAUUGACAGGGCCCUACCACAGUCCGUUUCGGCUGAUAUGCCCUUAUCUAUAUGGGGUGACACCUGGAUCAAGCCUGGUUUUAAGUAGCAAUUUAGAGCAGUGUGUGUGUAUAUUUAUUUUACUCUGUCACUUUAAUAAAUGUUAAAACUUUACAGCUAGCUUUGAUUAAAUGGAUAUAUGCUUCCCAGGGUUCUGAACCAAAAAUGGGCUGGCUGCUAAUCUUACAUUUCUUCUUUUUUCAAAUGUGGAUAGCAAGAAGAGAAAUUAAUACUGUAGGAGUAAAUUAGAAAGUUGAUUCAUGAAAGAAAAAUGUGGGCUUAGUAUGCCUUUUAAUGCAGUAUUCUCUGUAAUAAAGGUUGGUAGUAUGAUAGACUAAAAAAAAAUUGACCAUUAAACUUUUGAUUGAUAUUGAUCACACCAGUGCCUUUACAAACUGUAUUUUCUGAAGGGCAAGGGCUCUUUGCCUUAUUUUUUGUGCCAUUAUAAUAUUGGAUUCUUGUUGGUCUGUAACUUUGUUUUCCAGUAAAGCCCAACAGAAAUAACUUCUACUGUGUCUUAAUUAGCAGAGCAAAAUUGCUUCCUAAAAUACAGUUCAUUGUCAACUAUCCCUCACCAAAAUAAUUUUGGUCAAAACCCAGUUUCUAUAAAUAUUGUUAUAAGUAAUGGCCCCUCUGAAUGGCAGUUAAACCUUAUCAGUUAUAGUUCAGAACACACAGUUUAGCUUUUACCCAUUUAAUCUGUUCAAUCCAUUUAAAAAACUCAAUCGGUUUUUAUGGAUGUGUUUCAUCAUUCACGUUUUGUGACCAGGUUUUGCAAUUAGUAAACUAUGCAUAAUUAGGGGUUGUUUAAAGAUCCAUAGCUUAACUUUUUGAAACAAAUGGUUAAAUCAUAGGACAGAGAUGGUUAACCAUUUUAAGUGUAUUCCCAAAAAAAGUCUCAGUGCCUAUGUUACCUUCUUUAUUUGUUUAAACUUAAAGGGAUAUUCAUAAAACAUGUAAAAAAAAAUGUUAAUGUUCUGUUAAUUCCAGAAUAUAUACAAUACAUCUAAGCAAUUGCAGAUAUACUACCGUUGCAGCCAGUAAAACCAAGCAGUAUGGUGGUUGUCCAGAAGGGUAGUGCUAGCAAAUGUAUUUUCAUUGCCACCCUGGGCAAUCAUUCCAUUGGUUUUUUACUCCUCUCAUAGACUCAAUAGUUUUCUUACAUUUAAUAAGGGCUAUUUUCAAAACCUUUAUCUUUUUUUGUAUGUAGGUGUUUAAAAGGUUACCUCAUCAAUUUUGCACUUCAAACAUAUUUGUUAGAACACAGUGUCUGUUGUGUAUUCUUCCUGUGUAUUUUCUAGCUGGCUUUGCUGUAAAGCAGCAUGAAAAUGUUAAGGCAAAUUUUGUUUUCUCUCCUUUAAAAUAGGUAAUUUUCCAAACUGUACUAAUGCUGCAUCAUAAACUAUUCCUUUGAUAAUUUCUUACAGCACAUUUUCAGAAUGUGACCCCAAUAUACCGUACUUGGAUAACUUUUCACCAACGUAUAUUUGAGUUUUAUUGUCUGUUCAUGUAUUGAUCUGGUAAUAUAGAAAUGCAAAGCCUUUAACUGGGUAGACUUUAUCAAUAUGUUUGGUUUGGAUAUUGUUGCCAACACAAUGUAUUGUUGUGUCUAUUUACAACUUCAAUGAUAAUAUUCCAGUGUGUCUAAUACAUAUUUCAAAGAAGCUCUGUUUACAGUAGCCAAAGAUUGCCUAAAACAUGUCAAGUAUACUUAACAUUGUAGCUCUUGUAUGGAAAAAAAGAUGUGAAUCCAAAAUAUCCUUUAGAAAUAUGUAUCUUAUGAUUUUCCUACUAAAUUCACCGUAAAUUCUAUGGGCAUUUUUGUAGUUUAAUCAAUAGUUGUGCUUUUCGAAAGGAUUGUGAUUAGUUUGAAUCAGUUGUCUUGUGUCCCUUUAGCAGUUUAUUAAAAACAAACAAAAAACAAUUAGAACCUGUUUAUAUAGUAGUCCCUUUUUAAUUCUGCAAACUGAAAAUAUUUUUUACCAAGCUUUUUACAGUCUACAGCUUAAGAUAUGUACCAAAGUGCGAUUGCUUCCAAAAGUGCCUCACACUAAAUGUUUUUUUAUAAAGUCCAAAUAUAUCUAUUAAUGCUCACCACUUGCCAGUGUAAAUAGCUGCCCUUAUUAGUAAGUUUUAUGUGCUUUAACAUGUACAUUCGUACUAAUGAGAGGCUCUUGGGUGAUAAGAACAUAUAUUAAAUAAGUACUUUUUAAAUGUUUACUAAUGUAACACUACUGCAAAAGGGGGUAUUAGAAGUGAUGCUUUCAAGUCAAUACAUCAACUCAAUACCCAUUUAACCUAGUUAUUGCAAGUAACUUUUAAGCAUGAGCAUUCGGAUUGUUUAUGUUCCGAACGCAGAAGAAGGCAGCCAGUUGCGGCAUUCAGCUUUAUUCAAAGAUGCAUUUAUUCUUAUUAACGUGAAACACACUGGUCUUAGUGUGUUACACUUUCACUAGAAUAAAUGCGGCUCCAGAAAGACCUGAAUCCUGUGAGUUGCCACCUUCUUCCGAUCAUCACAAAUGAUCUGAAUGUCCAUGCCUAGUAAUUUGGCAUCUGGGAUAAUUCUCGAGAUGUUUUUGGUGUUUAUUACAUGUAUUUUAUGUUUUUAUAUACAAUAAAAAAGUGGUAAUCUUUUAAGCUACUAUGGUCAUUUUGUAAACAGUUGUGCACUAACGCUUUGUAACUUCUAAUAAUAAUAAAGUCAUUUCUGCAUUGGU